UUGCCUCUAUCACUGCUGACUGCAGCCCAAAACAAACCUAUGCUUGUAGAGUUGAAAAAUGGCGAAACAUUCAACGGCCACCUCGUCAAUUGCGAUAAUUUCAUGAACAUAACACUACGGGAGGUGUACCAAACAAGCGCAGACGGGGAUAGAUUCUGGAAGUUGAAGGAAUGCUAUAUCCGCGGCAGCACCAUAAAAUACCUGCGUGUACCGGACACGUUGUUAGACACUGUAAAAGAGGAACAAACCCGAGCACGAGAAGCUGGCCGAAGUGCGCGGGGAGGAGGAGGUCCAGGAAUGCGAGGAGGUGCGUCUGAGCUAAUCGCCUUGCAGUUUCAGGUUCGGCACGCUAAUCAUGAUCGUUCGUUCGCUUGUGUCUAUUAUCUUUGCACCACACGCCGUUUUCACGGGAUAUCGAUAUGCUGUCUGUAA